AAGGUUUCUGUGUGAAGAUAAGUUUCCAUUUCUCUUAGAGAAUUAUCUAGGAGUGGGAUUGCCAGGUUAUAUGGUGCAAGGAACCAUUUUCCCAGCUCCCAAUUUCAAUCCCAUAAUGGAUGCCCAAAUGCUAGGGGGAGCACUCCAAGGAUUUGGCUGUGACAAAGACAUGCUGAUCAACAUUCUAACUCAACGUUGUAAUGCGCAAAGGCUGAUGAUUGCGGAGGCAUACCAGAGUGUGUAUGGCCGGGACCUAAUUGGUGACCUGAAGGAGAAGCUUUCAGAUCACUUCAAAGAUGUCAUGGUUGGCCUCAUGUACCCACCGCCAUCUUACGAUGCUCACGAACUCUGGCAUGCCAUGAAGGGAGCAGGCACUGAAGAAAAUUGCCUCAUUGAUAUUUUAGCUUCAAGAACAGAUGGAGAAAUUUUCCAGAUGCGAGAAGCCUACUGUUUGCAAUAUAGCAGCAACCUUCAAGAAGACAUUUACUCAGAGACCUCAGGACACUUCAGAGAUACGCUCAUGAACCUGGUCCAGGGAACCAGAGAGGAAGGAUAUACAGACCCUGCUCUGGCUGCUCAGGAUGCAAUGGUCCUGUGGGAAGCCUGUCAGCAGAAGACAGGGGAACACAAAACCAUGCUGCAAAUGAUCCUGUGCAACAAAAGUUAUCAACAACUGUGGCUGGUUUUCCAGGAAUUUCAAAAUAUUUCUGGGCAAGACAUGGUAGAUGCCAUUAAUGAAUGCUAUGAUGGAUACUUCCAAGAGUUGCUAGUUGCAAUUGUUCUCUGUGUUCGAGACAAACCAGCCUAUUUUGCUUAUAGACUGUAUAGUGCAAUCCAUGACUUCGGUUUCCAUAAUAAAACCGUAAUCAGGAUUCUAAUCGCCAGAAGUGAAAUAGAUCUGAUGACCAUCAGGAAACGAUACAAAGAAAGAUACGGAAAAUCCCUGUUUCAUGACAUCAAAAAUUUUGCUUCAGGGCAUUAUGAGAAAGCUCUGCUUGCCAUCUGUGCCGGGGAUGCUGAAGACUACUAAGUCAAAAGAAGGAUGUGGAGGACACAGCACUCCAAUUUACAGACAUGUCAAAAUACAGAGUUUGUGAUACGUUUGCCUUGUUAGAUGCAUUAUAUCAAAAUGACAGAAUCAUAUUUUCUCUUCUAUCUUUAAAAUCAUUCUAAGCCAAAAAAAAAUCUAUUGAUAAAAGUAUGUGAGACUGGAUUUGUACUUAUCACUCAAAUCAGCAAUUUACUAAAUGGAAUAAUGAAACAAUGGAAUAAUAAAAACAAUUUCAUUGAAAUAUAUUUUAUUUAAAUGUGAA